AUGGCGAAGAUCUACCCCCUCCUCGGCAUCCCCCAACCCUUCGACCCGACAUGCCGCUACACAACCUCCUGGCUCCUGCCGCCCUUCCCGCUCGCCUCCCUCCGCCUCCUCCUCUCCGUCUACGCCUUCGCCACCAUCUUCACCGUCUUCGGCUGGGACGACGCCCACCACCUCGCCGCCGCCGCCCGGCAGUCCUUCUCCUACUUCACCAACCUGACCUACUGGGGCCUGGCGUUCUACCUCCUCUUCGGCGCCCUCCAUACCUUUUCGUACGCGCGGACGGGGCAAGCGUGGCUGCGGGGCUGGCCGAGGCCGUUGCAGGCUGCGCAUGCGGUAUUCUACUCAACGGUGGUUACGUUCCCGUUUCUGGUGACGCUGGUGUUUUGGGCCAUUUUGUAUCGAGAUCCUUGGUUCCCGGUCGUGGAGGAAGGGUGGUCGAAUAUAUCCCAACACGCCCUCAACAGCCUCUUUGCCCUCGUCGAGGUUGUGCUGCCACGAACCAGCCCGCCACCGCCAUUGCACAUAGUCUUUCUGGUCAUCUUGCUAGCAUGCUAUCUUGCUCUCGCCUACAUUACCCAUGCCACUGAAGGCUUCUAUCCAUACUCCUUUCUAGACCCCAGCAAGGGCAAUGGCCGUGUUACUGGAUAUUGUUUUGGAAUCUUGAUCGCUAUCUGCGUGAUCUUUGGCAUUGCUUGGGGGGUCAUAUGGCUUAGGAAUCUGGCGACACAGAAGCUGGGGCUGGAAGGGAAAUUUGUUGGUCAGCGGCGAAAAGCGGAUGGCCUGGAUGUGAGGGAAAGAAAUGUAGAGGUGGUGGAGUUGCAAGAAGAGCCUAAGUAG